GGACACAGACACUCACAACACACGAGGUACCUAAGCCGAAACGGAGGCAUACAGACACCACCUGCCCACCGCACCGCUGGCUCCACCAAGACAGCCCUGAGGGACAGAGAUACACAGCCACCCGACACUCAUACAGCCAAAGAUGGAUCCUUGCUACAGCCCGGACCAGGGAUGCCACAGCCGAACAGUACCCGCAUGUACAAGGCCCAUCACCGGAUCACAGCUGCACCUCCCGCAUACCAGAGGCUCCUGCCGAAAGCCGGAGUCGG